CGUCACCACAAAAAUAAUUCCUGCCCCUCACAGCACAAGGCACAACAAUUCACUCUGAACAAUAACGACUUUCAACCCACAUACUCGAAACACACAUUGACAUUGCCCAAAACGCAUUAGUCCAAGAGACACACUUACACCACCCUACCACCACCCACACACACACACACAAAGCCACCCACCACCACCCACAAUGAACGACCCAGGCCUCAACACCCUCCUAAAAUGGUCCAUCGAAAACUCGACCGCCUCCGAAACAUCAGCCACCCCAACCCAACCACGCACACAACUAAACCCCGAACUCCUCGCGCAACUAAUGGGCGGGCCCAGCGAUGCCGACCGCAUGAUUUCCUCCAUGCAAGCCAUCCACGACCCAAACGUCGACCACGAAAACAAGGGGAUCGCAUGGGAUAAUUUCGAGCAAUUGGUGGAGAAUUUGGAUAAUGCUAAUAACAUGGAGGCGUUGAAGUUGUGGACGCCGCUUGUGGACAUGUUGGAGAGUGGGAGUGUGCAGGAUAGGGAGAUGGCUUGUUGGUGUUUGGGGACUGCUGUGCAGAAUAAUAUCAAGUGUCAGGAGAGGGCGUUGGCUGUUGGAGCCAUCCCCAAAGUCGCAAAGCUCUGCUCAGACGCAGAUGCUGGAGUUCGCAAAAAGGCCAUUCGUGUCAUUAGCUCAGAGGUCAGAAAUUACCAGCCUGCCCUGGACGAGGCUGUCAAGUUCUUGCCCGAGGACAUUGUGGGCGAUGGCAAGUUCGAUGCCGAGGACAUGGCCAGCGUGGAUAUUCUUGUCAACGCACUGAGAGAGAAGAGUGCCAAGAUGGCUUAGAUGGAUGAAAAGAGACGGCUCAUGGGUAUAGAUGGGAAGAUGCAUGAUACACAAGCAGGCGUUGUACGUGUUGGCUAAGUUGACAUGCAGGUCCUGAUAGUGACCUUGGUUAUGGGGUAUACGAGUAGAAUCUGGCCAAGAGGCCAUUUCUGAAUAUGAAGGAUUUCUCGCUUUCAACUUCUCCCUGUCCUGUCCUCUUUGUACGACGCUCCGCCAUGCCCUCAAUAGUGGCCUAUUGCAACUUUCAAAGCUGGGCUAAGUA